AGCACAGCCGUGGGGAUCUACCGACAAGUAUGGACGGGCUGGCCGUGGAAGUUCGCGGCUCGAACGGGGCCUUCUACAAGGGUUAUAUCAAAGAUGUCCACGAAGACUCGCUCACAAUUGUGUUUGAAAACAACUGGCAGCCAGAGAGACAGUUGCCCUUCAGUGACGUGCGGUUGCCUCCUCCAGCCGACUAUCACAAGGAAAUUGGUGAAGGAGAGGAAGUGGAGGUUUACUCCAGGGCCAACGAACAGGAGCCAUGCGGCUGGUGGCUGGCGCGGGUCAGAAUGAUGAAGGGAGAAUUCUAUGUGAUCGAAUAUGCGGCGUGCGACGCCACGUACAACGAGAUAGUCACGUCAGAGCGCAUCAGGCCUCUAAACCCCAACAGCCCUGCCUCUCGAAACACCUUCCACAAGAUCCCCAUCCCCGUCCCAGAAGACCUGAGGGACAUCUGUGCAAACGACAACAUUCACAAAGACUUCAGGAAAGCAAUCGGAGCCAACUGCAUCUUCUACAGUGCCCAAACACAUGAGCUCAUCGUGCUGUCCACAAAUGAAACCACAGUAAAGCGUGCAGCUCUUCUGAGCGACAUGCAUUUCCGGAGCAUCCGUACCAAGCUUAUGCUAAUGUCCCGCAAUGAAGAAGCCACCAAACAUUUGGAGACAAGUAAGCAGUUAGCAUCGGCGUACCAAGAGGAGGUGAGGGUCAGGGAGGACCUGAUGGGCCUCGCCAUCGGCUCCCACGGUGCCAACAUCCAGCAAGCGAGGAAGGUGCCUGGUGUUACAGCGAUCGAGCUGGAGGAGGAAAGCUGCACGUUCAGGAUCUAUGGAGAGACCCCAGAGGCAGUGAAGCAGGCCAGAGAGUAUCUCGAGUUCAAGGAAGACUACUUUCAGGUACCCAGGAACCUUGUAGGCAAAGUCAUCGGCAAAAACGGCAAAGUCAUCCAGGAGAUUGUGGACAAGUCGGGCGUGGUCCGUGUCAGGAUCGAGGGAGACAACGACAAAAAGCUUCCCCGCGAGGAGGGCAUGGUUCCCUUUGUGUUUGUGGGAACCAAGGAGAACAUCAGCAACGCUCAGGCUCUGUUGGAGUACCACGUGUCCUAUCUCCAGGAGGUGGAGCAGCUGCGCCUUGAGCGCCUGCAGAUUGACGAGCAGCUCCGUCAGAUCGGGGUUGGGUACCGCGCGCCUACCGGCCGAACCGGGGGCCCUGGUGUUGAUCGAGAGAAAGGCUACCUGACAGAUGAAAGCACCAAUUCACUCCACACUCGAACCUACGGGGGCCGCGGCAGAGGGCGAAGGGCCUCCAACAGUCAGUACUCCGGAUAUGGCACAAACUCUGAGCUGUCCAAUGCCUCUGAGCCAGAGGACCUCACCGAGCGAGACCAGAGGCCCCGUGGAAUAGGCAACGAUGAGAGGGGAUCCCGACGGGGUGGUAGGGGCCGAGGAUCCAACUCAGGACGAGGUCGCGGAGGGCCAGGAUCCAAGCCUUCGAACUCAAUCAGCUCAGUACUGAAGGACCCAGACAGUAAUCCAUACUCCCUGCUGGAGGGUGAAGGAGAGCUGGCUGACGCAGACAUCAGUGAAGGCAUGGGAGACCGCCGCAGACGAUCCCGUCGCCGCCGGAACGACCAGGAGCCCAGUGUCAUGGACGCAGCUGCAGAGUCGGACAGCCAGGCCGGCCCGAGUGAGAACGGACUAGAUGAAGAAGCCCGGCCUCAGCGCCGCAACCGAAGCCGCCGCCGCCGUAACCGUGGCAACCGCCCAGAGGGAGGUUCAACCAGCCGUGACAGACAGCCAGAAAGUGUGACUGUUGCUGACUACAUAUCCCGCGCCGAGUCCCAGAGCAGACAGAACCUGCCCCAGAAGGAAAACCACGCUGCCCCUGAGCCCAAGGAGAACGGCACCACCGCCAAGAAGGAAGAGCGAACGCCCUCGAAGCGUUCCCCCAGCAAAGGAUUGACCUCGCCCAGCGAGACCCUGACCUUGGUCAACGGGGUCUCAUAAAGAGACGAGCGAACCCUUGCGAACCCAAGUCUAGAGCAAGACUCCAUGGCAAACUCUGUCCCUGCUUGCAUUAACUUAAACCUUAAACAGAUGAGUGAAAAAGUACCUGACAAAAUACCUGAGUUCAUACUACGAGAGUGAAAAAGUACAAAAAAACGACAAACGCAUCUACUUAAAACCACACGUUAACGGUGUAUGCUAUCCUAUCUAUCAGUACUUAGUGCUUAUUUAAAAGAAAAAAAAGAGGAAAAAACAACUAGCUUGCCAAAAAAGAGCUGGUGGAUAUGACUUGAUUUUUAAAAAUACUGAAACACGAGAAACAGGACGAGACGUUUUUUUUUUUUUUUUUUGUUGUUGUUGUUGUUGUUUGUUUUUUGUUUUGAACUGUUUGUCUUUAUUUCUGUUAAUGUUAAUUUUGUUCAUUGUUUAUCACUGGUUUCGACUCGGCGGUCGCUCUCUCAACCAAAACAGACGCAUCUCUUUAUAACGGUGUUUAAAGUGCACACAGGAGAGAUGUAAAGCUGUAUGAGCAGACAGUCCGGCUCAUGUGACGCCAUGUUCGCACACUGAACCUGGGAGUGAAGACGGAUUGGAAUACAGAUAGACAUUGUGCCUUGAAUUUGAAAAACAAAUAUAUAUAUAUAAACACAUAAAACAAAAAAACAAAAAAAACUUGAGUUUUUUUUUUUUUUUUCCAUUAAGUUUGUUUUUGAGGGGAAGAAAAUGAGUUCUUCUUCCAGGUUUUUUUUUUUUUUUUUCUGUUUUUGGUUUGAAGGAGAGAACAGAUCUGUGAGGGAGUGAUGAGGAAAAACAAAAACAAAAAAAGAGGAUGCAGAAACAGAUGGCGUGGGUGGCCGAUGUGAGGAAAAUUCAAUCUGGUGCCAAACGCGAAAUUCAAGGCGCUUGUUCUCAUUCCGCGUAGAACGGACGGCGUUAGGGGAGGUAAGUGUGGGGGAAUGGAAGAGGAGCGGGGUCGGCGCGUGUGUCUGUCUGUGUGUGAACAGUUGAGACAUUUGGCAACAACAAAAAUUUUAAACUGAGAGCGGAUGACGUGGGGAAAACCUAACGUAGCCCCGAGGGGCGUUGUCACGGCAUGCGUCUCUUCCUCCUCUCGCCUGUUUCAGGUCCUUGGAAUUGUUCCAGGGCCGGCACCCCGGUGCAGCCCCGCAAACAGGAUGGGCUGAGACCAGACCGACCGCACACUUGAACUGUUAAGAUUUCGACUUAGAGAGAACUACACCGUGCCUCUUUCUGUGUCAGAGGGGCGGCGGCGCUAGCUUCCAGCCACACUUAGUGUCUUGAUUAAAACCACUGCAGUGCACAGCUCCAGACGCACACGAA